GGCCUGAUGAUCACUCCACUUCCUUCUCGUGCUCACAUCUGCCAUUCUGGAACUCAGCCCCUGCCGCAUUCCGUCUAAAUUACAAAAUGGAGCCCUUCGUCGAAAGCAAAAUUCUGUCUAAUGAUGUCCAGAAGCUAUGAACCUGGUAGUCACUCAGUAGGGAUGCUGGCCGCGGUGGAGCACGGUCCCACCCUCUGCAGCGACUCCAACAUCCUGUGCCUCUCCUGGAAGGGCCGCGUGCCCAAGAGCGAGAAGGAGAAGCCGGUGUGCCGGAGGCGCUACUACGAGGAGGGGUGGCUGGCCACGGGUAAUGGCAGGGGCGUGGUGGGGGUCACCUUCACCUCCAGCCACUGCCGACGGGACCGCAGCACCCCGCAGAGGAUCAACUUCAACCUGCGCGGACACAACAGCGAGGUUGUCCUGGUGCGCUGGAAUGAGCCGUUUCAGAAGUUGGCAACGUGCGACAUGGAGGGAGGGAUAUUCGUGUGGAUUCAGUACGAGGGCAGAUGGUCGGUGGAGCUGGUCAAUGAUCGUGGCGCCCAAGUCAGUGACUUCACCUGGUCCCAUGAUGGCACUCAGGCCCUUAUUGCGUACCGUGAUGGCUUCGUGCUGGUGGGGUCCGUGAGUGGUCAGAGGCACUGGUCAUCAGAGAUCAACUUGGAGAGCCAGAUCACCUGUGGAAUAUGGACGCCUGAUGAUCAACAGGUGCUGUUUGGCACUGCAGAUGGCCAGGUGAUUGUGAUGGACUGCCAUGGCCGGAUGCUGGCCCACGUGCUCCUCCACGAGUCCGACGGCAUCGUGGGCAUGUCCUGGAACUGCCCAGACUUCCUGGUGGAGGACAGCACAGAGAGUGACGCGGACACGGAUGACAAUAUAACACCUCAAGUGCGCAACCUAAAACCCCUCCUGACUGUGAGUUUCAUAUCUGGAGACAUCAGUUUAAUGAACAACUACGAUGACAUCACACCUCAUGUCAUCCGCUCAGGCCUGAAAGACGUGGUGGUGCAGUGGUGUUCCCAGGGCGACCUGUUGGCCGUGGCCGGCAUGGAGAGGCAGGGGAUCCCCUCGGCCGCAGCCUGCGCACCCAUCACCCGCAACGCCCUCGUCAAGUUCUACAACGUCCAGGGAGAACACAUCUACACGCUGGAGACUCCAGCACAGCGUCCCAUCAGCACCAUCUGCUGGGGCCACCGUGACUCGCGUCUCUUCCUGGCGUGCGGGCCGGCGCUGUACGUGGUGCGGGUGGAGCAUCGGGUGGCCAGCCUGCAGCUCCUGUGCCAGCAGGGUAUCGCCAGCGCCCUGCGGGAGGAGAAGGACGUGGGCAAGCUCAACAUGCCCUCGCUGCUCUGCUCCUACGUCACCUCCGCCUUCAUCCCCACCAUCAAGCCACCAAUUCCAGACCCAAACAACAUCCGUGACUUUGUGAGUUACCCCACGGCGGGUAACGAGCGGCUGCACUGCACGAUGAAGCGUGCGGAGGACAUGCCCGAGGCGGGGGGGCCCUGCUACACGCUCUACCUGGAGCACCUGGGGGGCCUGGUACCCAUUCUCAAGGGACGGCGCAUCAGCAAACUACGCCCAGAGUUUGUCAUCAUGGACCCCAAAAUGGACAGCAAAGCAGACGAAGUAUGUGUGAACAGCAUGAUGUCGUCUUACAUGACGGACAGCUGUAACUGCUCCGACUCCAGUGACAUCGAGCUCAGCGAUGAGUGGGGAGGAAGGAAGUCCCCAAAACUAACCAGAGGAAACAGAUCACCAAAGCUGCCAAGAAUCAAUAUGGAGUCCAGGAAAUCCCCAAAGCUGGCCCAGGAGAUGUCAAGGUCACCCAGAUUACCCAAGAAGCAACAGAUUCGAUCUCCCAGUCUUACACGCAGAGAAUUCACCAUGGAUAGCAUCAGUGAGCACAAUUACCUGGCUCAAGUCACUUCCAAUAUUUGGGGGACAAAAUUUAAAAUAGUGGGACUUGCAGCGUUUUUGCCAGCCAAUUUGGGUGCAGUUAUCUACAAGACCAGUUUACUCCACUUACAACCACGGCAGAUGACCAUUUACCUGCCGGAGGUGCGGAAGAUCUCUCUGGACUUCAUGAGCCUUCCCGUCUUCAACCCAAAUGUCUUCAGUGAGGAUGAGGAUGAUUUGCCAGUCAUGGGGCCCUCUGAAGUGGCGGGAGACAACCCUCCGUGCACCGUCAACAUCCCCAUUGCCCCUAUUCACAGCCCUGCUCAGGCCAUGUCUCCGACUCAGAGCAUCGGCCUCGUGCAGUCCCUUCUGGCCAAUCAGAACAUUCAGCUGGAUGUUCUGACCAAUCCCACGGCCACGGCCUCCGCAGCUGUAGCAGCAGCAGCAGCCGCAGCGGCGGCGUCCAACGUUCCGACGUCCACUGACCACUCUAGUCAGGAGGCGGCGGUGAUGGGCUCGCACACGCUACCCGCCAGGUACUCGAACCCUGGCCAGGUGAUGUUCAGCGGCCUGGAGAUGAGCUCGCUGCUGACGGGCACUCUCCCUCCACCUCCACAUCACUUACCACAGCAGAGCCAUCAACAACAGCGUCAUCAACAAGACCAUCACAGUCAGCAGACCAAGCAGCAGCAGCAGCAGCAGCAACAGCAAACGGUGCAGACACUUCAGAAGCUUCAUCAACAUCAACAACAGGCCCAACAGCACCACCAUCAACAACAGCAGCAGCUCCAGCAGCAGCAGCAGCAUCUCGCGCAGCAGCAUCAGCAGCUGCAGCAGCAGCAGCAGCAGUUACAGCAGCAGCAGCUGCAGCUCCAUCAGCAGCAUCAGCAACAACUCCAACAACAGCAUCAACAACAACAACAACAGCUGCAGCAGCAGCAGCAGCAGAUAUCACAGCAACAUCAGCAGAUACAGCAACACCAACCGCAGAUGCAGCAACAGCACUUGCACCAUCAUCAACAAAUCCAACAGCAACAACAGCAUCACCACCAACAACUGCAGCAUCAACAGCAGCAGCAGCAGCAGCACCAGCUGCAGGUCCACCACCAACAACAGCAGCAGCAUCAGCAGCAGGUACAGGUGCAGCAUCAGUUGCAGCCACAUCCGCAUCAGCAGCAUCCACAGAUGCAGCAACAGCAUCCACAGCUGCAACAUUCGCUUCCGCAUCAGCAUCAGCAUCAGCAGCAGAUACAGCAGCAGCAGCAUCAAAUCCAGAUGCAGCACGAGCAGAUGCAGCAACAGCAGCAGCAGAUGCAACAGCAGCAGCAGCAGAUCCGCCAGCAGAUCCAGGAGAUGAGGCAGCAGCAGCAACAGCUUCAGCAACAACAUCAGCAGAUCCAGCAGCAGCAUCAGCAGCUGCAGCGGCAGCACCAGCAGAUGCAGCAGCAGCUGAAGUUGCAGAUCACCUUGCCACCGCCGCCGACCCCCUCUGGCUACCCAUCCAUCUCCCUUCACCAGCUGCAGAUGAUGCCGCCGAUGCCCCUCUCGGAUCACCAGGUGCCGGACAGAGUGGAUCAGCCGCCACCGACGCUUACCCUCAGAGCCAGCUCCUCGCGCCCGCAGUCGUUCAUCGAAGGUGACAUAUCGCUGGAGAUGCAGAUGAGGAAAGUGAACCCUCCGCCGCCGUACCCAGGUACCGUGGCAUCCGCCGCCACUCUUCCGCCAGCUCCCUCCACAGCGCCCCCGAGCCUGAUAACGACGACUAGUGACGGCGCCAGUGCUCUGACGGCUGAGCCCUGUCUGAGCAAGGACGAGUUCUCCCUGCACCCGGUGAGCCUGCCGUUGCCGUACCCAACCCCUCUUGGCUACGAGAGAAUCACCACCUUCGACAGCAGUGGAAACGUAGAGGAGGUGUGCCGCCCUCGCAGGCGCCUCAUACGGAACCAGAACGCCUUCAAUAUAUCCGGGAUGGGAUCGGCCACGCUCAGGGUCACCUCCUCCGAGGGGAAGAAGGUCCAGCUGCCCUACAGCUCGGCCACUCUCAGCCGCCUGUCCGUGCCCCGCUACACCAUACCGAGUGGAGAUCCGCCACCGUACCCCGAUCCAGCCAAUCAAGCGAUCAACACCAUCAUCAGGGCUCCUCCUCAGAGAAUACAAGUAGACAGCAGCCUCAUUCAUGCCACGAUGCGACGCGACCGCAGAGAUGUCGGUGGUGGUGGUGGCGGUGGCGGUGGACUGAAGGUUCCACAGAUGGUGGACACGGCUCGUACUUUGCCCACGCGGACCAAGAUGAACACCGGUGGUAGUCUGACGCUUUCUUAUCAGCCCAGGGCUGCUCCCACUGCUCUGUACACUUGCACUCAGUGCAGCAGCAACAGCAGCACCGCCAGCGUGAGUGUGAGCAGUGGGGGUACGAACAGCAGUGGGAUCGCUGGCGGAACUGUCGUGCGCCAAGAAUUCCCUCCAGGGAAAGGCGCGUCACACAGCACCAUCAUUGUACACUCGAAAAGCGCUUCGUCGUUGGCCUCUCAGUCAUCCUACAACCUCCUAAGCCCCGUCGACAACAGCAGGGACAGGACUGUGUACGUCAACUCGGCUUUCACCGAAGACGAGACCUUCAACCAGCAGUGCCAUUUGGAGAAGUCGGUAAGGCAUUUAACGUUAGGGGAUGUGAGCCUGACGGUGAAACGGCCUCCGCCAUACCAGUGGGACCCUGCCUGUGCUGAUCAGAUUUGGCUCCCCCAAGACCAAAGCAUGCUGGCCGGUGCUGCAGCCCCUCACAAACCUCCGCUGCUCUUGAGUCCAACACAACAUUUGGACGUGACCCGAUUGCCUUUUGUGCUCUCCACCAAACUAUCCCCUAACCCCAACACAAUGACGUUCCCUGGCUACCAGAUAUCUCUUUCCCCUUUUCCAGCGGGUGUGGGACCCCCCCAUGUGGGACCACAGCUUCAGUCUUUACAAAAUGCUCCUCCGCCUGCCUGUGCACCCAAUGACAUGGUGACUUCUGUGCAAGAUCCUGCCAUGGUUCUACCUCCAGGCUACCCUCCUAACAUUGCCAAUUUAGCCUGCUGCCCACUUCCACCCAUGUAUCCAGGAGCUAGCUCUUGCAGUAACCUGCAGCUGCACCACCCAAUGGCUAUGCACCCAUGGAACACCUACAAUCCCUGUCCACCAAUGCAAGAGACCUCUGCCACCUUGCCUGGUGUCAGCAAGUCUCAGCAACUUCUAGAGAAGCCCAUCUUGUCCCCACCUCCUGCUCCUCCUCCGCCUCCCCUGCCUCCUCCACCUCCUCUACCGCCACCUCCUCCUCCGCCACCCGCCGAGCUCAUCAACCAGCAGAGCACCUCCAAGGCUUUGGCCGAGGCGAGCGAUGGCUUUCGGGAGCGGGAGGCGUCCCUCAGCGAGAGCCCCGCUCCGCAGGGGACAGACAGGUUCAAGAAGAACAGCCGCAAGCGGCAGGACAGCCGGGCCGAAGAGGCCAACAUGCCCACGGUGUCGGAGGGCAAGUCCAAAAAGGAGGGCCGCGCUCUCUCGGACUUCAACUCCCUCAUCUCCAGCCCACGCCUCGGCGGGCGGGACAAAAAGAAGCCCAAAGGCCAGAGGGAGUCGUCGAACAAGGGCAAGAAACUCAGCAGGAACUCUACCAACGAGUUCCAGGACAGCUCGGAGAGUGAGCCGGAGCUCUUCAUCAGUGGGGACGAGCUCAUGAACCAAAGCCAGAGCAGUAAGAAGGGCUGGAAGAGCAAGCGCAACAUGCGCAUGGCCAGCGAGCUGGAGGAGAUCAAGUGUCGCAAGGCCAAUGAGAGGGAGGACCGCAGCCUGGGCAGCCAGGGCUUCGUCUACGUCAUGGCCAACAAGCAGCCGCUAUGGAACGAGGCCACGCAGGUGUACCAGCUGGACUUUGGGGGCCGUGUGACGCAGGAGUCAGCCAAAAACUUUCAGAUAGAACUGGAUGGGAGACAGGUAAUGCAGUUUGGCAGAAUUGAUGGCAACGCCUACAUCUUGGACUUUCAGUAUCCAUUCUCGGCCGUCCAGGCGUUUGCAGUUGCCUUGGCCAACGUCACUCAGAGGCUUAAAUAAGGGGCCUUUCUGGAGGAAACGACCCGGCAUUGGGAUGGACACAAAGAGAUUGGUUGUUCAUUGUGCAUUGUGGCAGCCAGGCAAUGUUUAAUGCCUAGUAUGAAUUCCCCAACUGCUGCUGGUUCAUGUUAUGCAUAAAACCUGAAUGAAAAUGGAAAAUAUGAUGUGUACGCAAACGGGCAGUCUGUAAAACAGUUAAGAGAAGGAGAACAACAACCCAUACUAUUCCAUAUAUAUAGAUACGUGUCACAUGAGAACACGCAGAGUAAACUAUUAUGUCAUUAAUGCAACUUAAUGCAGCAAGAGAACCCCUCUCCACACAUGAUGGGGGAGUAAAGAAUAUUAUGGCUUUUUCAGGAAGAUGAAUAUUUACGGUAACAACCAUUUCUGUUGUUGAGGUUUAUUAUUAUUACUAUGUUUUGAUUCUUUUGGGAGCAUUCGUUGGCUUUGCGCUAAAUCGGGUAAAUAUACUGUACUGUAUGUGCAUGGGAUGGCUACAUGUGUUUGAAUGUCCUGUCCUGAUGACUGCAAGAGAAAAAUGUAGUCUUCAGGUUAAAAACAGACUAUGAUUGUGUGCAAGGGUUUGCUUAUGGCUACAUUAAUAAUCCAGUCAUUCCAUGUAGACCAUGGAUGAAUUUAAUUCUGCAUUUGGCAAAUUUAGUCCAUAUUAAAAUAUCACUUCUAUGAAGUGAUCUCACUGACAUAUACCCUAUGAUUUGUCAUCAAAAAGUCAUUCAGAUUUUGGGCAUGUUUAUUGUGCCAUUCUGCCUUUAGAUGGUAUGCACUUAAUUCUAACAUACACUACUAUUUUUUAAGAAAAAACACAUGUUUACAUUCAUUAACUGCAGAAUUGCUGCUUUAAAGUUUCUUUUACAGAAUAUUGCCAUAGGCAUGAAUACUUUAGAUAGGCCUACUCUUGAGUGGUACACAGACCCUCCUCGCCAUAGUGGUUGUUUUUCUAACCUUUUGACUGCUUCCAGCUUUUUUUGCUUAGUGGCGCAUUUACUGUUACGCCAUUUGCCCUUCUGUAUUCCCUUCAAAGAUGUGAAAAGAACAUCUCUCUCUCUCUCUCUCCCUCUCUCUCUCUCUCACACACACACACACUCAAACAACCCCAUAUUUGUGAUGCAGUGCAAAGCGAUGCUGUGGAAAGUCAUGAGGCUGUAUUGUUACAAUAUAUUUUGUGUAAUUUCAGUUAAAAUAGUAUCAUAGUUUGCUAUCUGAAGGUUUUUGGGGUAGAGAUUGAAACAAAUUGAUGGUUGAGGAAGGCUUACCUGUGUUGUGUGGCUUGAAUAUUGUAAUAUUUUGCAAAAUAUUUGUAGUCAGAUCAGACAGCUUAAAUAUAGAAGCCUGAGAAUGAUGGUGUCAAAUGUCAACUGAACA